AUGGAGGGCGUCGUCGAAAACUCUCUCGAGGCUAUCAGCUACCUCACUGACAAGCAUUUCGACAAAGGCUGGGACUCUUACAGGAAACACGUCAACGGCAAGAAGGUCGAAGAGACAUACGUCCCCUAUCGCGGACCGUUCACCGAUCCAGAGAAGCAGCGCAAGGAAAGCAGUGAGACGCCCUCGCAUGCUUCGUCAUCGAGGAAGCGCGACGCACGACGCUCUCCUGCUGACACAGCCUCCCGCGCGAGAUCCAAGAGCGCUGUACCUCGCUCGAAGCUCAUAACUCCGGCGGCCGCUGCCGCUACUGGUACUGCCGUCGGUGCGACUGCUUACACUGCCGCCCCUCCUGGUUCGCGAAGAAGGCAACGCAACAGCCCUCCCUCACCGGAGCGAGAAGCAUAUCGUCCCGGCACCCUCCAACAAGAAAGCGAAGAGAGCGACAGGGUCCUCAGAGAAUACGAACAAGAAAUCGACGAUCCUAAGCGACGUGCUGAAUCCGUCCUCGACACCACUGAUCUCAACUACAUCAAAGAGUCGAGGCGGGCUUCGGUCGUCGCUACCUCCAUCCUCAAGGUCAAGGACAAGGACAACAGACGAGACAGCGCCAUGGCAUCAGGCUACGACGACGACUACAGAGGCGGUGGUGGCUAUGCCCGCGACGCCCCACGCCCACGUUCUCAGCCACCGCGAAGCAGAUACUACGACGACGAUGACAGCGACUAUGACGAGCGCAGCGGACGCAGAUACAAGGCGGGAAGCGGUCGUGGAUACGAUGACGAUCGCGACUACGAUCGCGUAGUCGAGGAAACGGAGAGAUAUCGUGGACCUGUAAGUUCAGGACCACUCGUCCCUAUGAACCGACCUCUACCAGCGCGCGAGGAGAGCUACCGCUCUGGGACCGAAGGACCGUACGGCGCUGGCACAGUGGCGCAAUAUGGUCGCCGAUCAGACGGCGCACUCGACAGACAGGAAUCAUAUGUCAGCAGACGUACCAAAGGAUCCCGUGGUCGCGAUCGCUCAUACUCUCGCUCGCCCUCCCGCAGCCGCUCUCGAUCAGGCGAGCGAGGCGGCGGCAUCCAAGACAAAAUCCAAGGCGCAUUCGACACAAGUGGACGUGGUCUGGGCGUCGGUAUCGCUGGUGCCGUUAUUGGCGGACUGGCUGGCCGAGAGUUCGGACAGAAGCAUCGCCAGCGCGACAUUAUAUUGGGCGCCAUAGUAGGUGGUCUUGGAGCGAAUGCCGCAGAGAACCAGUGGCGCGAGUAUAAGAACAAGAAAGAGCGAAAUCUCGAGGUAGAUGAGGAGCGAUGGGAACAGAAGUUCGACGGUCGAGACUAUGGUCGAAGCCGGAGCAACGUGCGAUGA